GUUGCGCUUGUUUGUGUAGAGCCCAUGGUUGAGGAAGAGGUUAACAUUUUACAGCUAGAAAGCCACUAGAAACUAGGGCAACUUAAAAUAUAGAAAUAACGAUCAUCAUUUACCGCCAAAACAGUUUCUGCUGAAAAACACAUUUGUUUGAGGAUAUAAUUAAAAAUCGAAGACGUUGAAUCUUCUACAAGGGAAAGGAGGUGGAGUCUUCUAUUCCCAAAGCACGACGGUUUAUGGACGACAGAUAGUGAGCUGGAAACACCAAUGGGACACCCUUGUGGCUCACACCAUAAGAAUACCAUAAUAUACCCGUUCCUAGUCCAAAAAAAACUGAACAGCUAGCUCACAGGCUCUUUCCAUUGUAUAAGUUGAGGUGUUCGCACAGGAAGAGCCCUCAGCUGGUGCAUACAGGUGGUACUAUAUUCAUUGAUUAGCUUGAAGCAGUGAUGCUGGGCAGCAGCAGCUUUUUAGAGGGAGCUGAGGAAGAGGAGGAGGAAGGGGAGGAAGCGACAGCGGAGUCACGGGGAAGAAGAGGACGCUCUGAACAUUCAUGGGACAAGGAGGGCAAGAGGAUGUCCAGGUCCAGGUCCAGGUCAGGUCGCGGGUGUCAAGAGGGCGAUGCUGGGCCAGGGGAAGCAGGCAUGCUGCAGGAAUGUGAGAAGGGGGCUGCAGAACGUGGCCGGAACGAUGUGGACAUGAACGAAGGCCACGACUCCGGGGGUGGAUACGACCGGACGGAUUCCUCCACCAAUCAUAGCUCCAAGAGUUCAGCAUGCCUGACCAGUGGCAAGAGGUCUGUGUCCCAGGGAGGGGGGUUCACCUGUAGCCACCACAAUGGGCACACUGGUCCCAUCACUCAUGACACAGAGAAUGAUGGCAGUGAGCAGCAAGAGCAGGGGCGGAAGGAAACUCAUCGAGAGAUGAUGCAGGCCAUGCAGGAGAUGAAGAAAAGGCUGCCAUCUGAGAAGCGUGGGCACAACAAGGCCAGAACCGUGGAAGCACUCAACUAUGCGCUCAGCUGCGUCAAGCAAGUGCAGGCUAACAGCGAGUAUCACAGGCUGCUUAUGCGGAGUGGGAUGGAAGCGCGAGAAGAUGCCACAGUCUGCAGCCUGGAAGAGCUAGAGAGCGUCACCUCAGAGCACACCCUCAAAAAUACGGGCAUGUUCGUGGUGGUGUUCUCGCUAACUAGCGGCAGGAUCGUCUACGUGUCGGAGCAGGCUCCCAGCAUCCUUAGCUGCAGGCGGAGUUUCCUGGACUCAGUGCGAUUUGUGGAGCUGUUGCACCACCAAGACGCAAACGUCUUCUACUGCCACACUGCGCAGCCCCACCUGCCACCCUGGAGCAUGGGGUCCAACAGGGCAGCCGUCCUGUACGAGUGCACUCUGGUCAAGUCCUUCUUCUGCAGGAUCAGGGGCGGAAAAGACCGCGAAGGGUUGAUGCGCUACAACCCGUUCCGCAUCACACCGUACCUGCUGAAGGUCCAGGGCGUGGACGGGGAGCAGGGCCAGCCUUGUUGCCUAGCACUGGCCGAGCGGAUACACUCAGGAUAUGAAGCCCCGAGGAUCCCCUUGGACAAACGCAUUUUCACCACCACUCACUCACCUGGCUGCAUUUUCAUGGAGGUGGACGACCGUGCUGUGCCGUUGCUAGGAUACCUCCCUCAGGACCUGAUUGGCACCUCCGUGCUAAGCUACCUGCACCCAGAGGACCGAACCCUCAUGUUGGCCCUGCAUCGAAAGAUCCUGAAGUAUGCGGGCCAGCCGCCGUUUGAGCAUUCUCCCAUCCGCUUCCGCUGUCAGAACGGAGACUACGUCACACUGGACACCAGCUGGUCCAGCUUUGUCAACCCCUGGAGCCGCAAAGUGGCCUUUGUCAUCGGCAGGCACAAAGUCCGCACGGGACCUCUGAAUGAGGAAGUGUUUGCCAUUCAGGACAAAGCAGAGGAUCUCGCUGACCACGAUGAGAUCAAGGAGCUGCAGGCACAGAUCUACAGACUCUUCCUGCAGCCGGUGCACAACAAUGGCUCCAGCGGUUAUGGCAGUAUGGGCAGCAACGGCUCCCAUGAGCCCAACAUCAGCAUGGCAUCCUCCAGCGAAAGCAACGGCAACGCGUGGGAGGACACACAUCGUGAGCCGGUGACACUGCAGCAGAUCUGUGCAGACAUAAAUAAGGUGAAGAGCUGGGGUCAGCAGGUGUACCUGGAUUCUCGACGCAAACUUCACCCCAUGGGGAGAAUUAUUUCUGAAGGUCCUGGAGCUCCUCCUCCUCCCACCUCCCAGCCAAUGGAGAGCAGAGUUAGCCAUGCCCCUUCUCACAAAGACUCGAGGAAGCAGCCGCACAUUCCGUCCUAUCAGCAGAUCAACUGUGUUGACAGCAUCAUGAGGUACCUGGAGAGCUACAAAGUUCCACCGCUGAAGCGAAAGAGCGAGUCUCUGUCCAUCGCUACCUCUUCCUCUUCCUCAGAGGAAGACAAGAUGCCCAAUCCCGCUGUGUCCAGCUCGCUACGCCCUGAAGAAGUGACGAUGCUGGACGCACCAGCUGGUGACGCCUCGGCGGUGAUGGCAGCCAGCACGGCAGGCGCAGUGGUGGGCGCCCCCCUGACCGACCUCAGCCUGUCCACCAAGGCGCUGAGCGUGAUGUCGGUCACCAGCCAGUGCAGCUACAGCAGCACCAUCGUGCACGUGCCACAGCCCGAGUCUGAGGUGACGGCCCUGGAGGACGCGCCGAUGGGCAGCGAGCCGGCCGACCCCACCCCCCCGCCGCCCCGCGCUCAGGCCAGCUCGGCGGUGGCGUCGGAGGAGCUCCGCCUGGUGGGGCUGACAAAGGAGGUGCUGGCAGCGCACACGCAGAAGGAGGAGCAGGACUACGUGGACCGCUUCCAGCACCGCAUCCUGCAGAGCCCCUACAGCUGCUACCUGCAGCAGGACGACAGCAGCCACGCCCACUCGCAGCACCGCGGUAACUACGCCGUCAGGCCAGAGGGGGGCGGUGUCACAAGGAGAGGCAGGAACAGGGGACCCAAAGCAAAGCGUCACAGGAUGAAUCAGUCAUCUGACAGCUACGUCUCCCCUCCCGAGAGGCCCAACGUGGCCCCUGUGCCCCCUCUGUGCCAGACCUGGCCCCGUCCCGAGUCCACACAGCCCCGGCCCCUCCUCUACCCCUUCCAGCCCCCAGGCUUCACGGCGGCAGGGCCACAGUGGAGGGGCUCUGUGCCCUCUGCUCCCAUGACCUCCCUCCACCCGGGCGUCCCCCCCAGCAGCAUGCCCUGUGGCCUUCCGUUGGAUCCAGGCAUGCACGGUGUGCAGACAGGGCAGGUGCCUGGUGCACCGCCCCCGCAAGGAGCCGGAUCUUACAUGACACCCAUCAUGGCUGUGAUCCUGCCCAACGUCCCCACCUAUCCCGGCUUCCCCAUGUACUCCCAGGGUGUAACCCCACUGGCCCCUGCCCCGCCCCUCCUCCCCCAACCCUUCAAUCCCUCAUCCUUUGGCCCCACCUCCUUCCCCAUGACCCAGCCUCUUCAGUCCGCUCCCCAGGCGCCCCCUUCUCCGCCGCCGCCCUCCUCCCCCAGACCCCCCUCGGUGGACGAGGACUCGCCCCAGCCGACCCACCUCUUCUCCAGCUCUCGCUCCAGCUCCCCCCUGCAGCUGAAUCUCCUUCAGGAGGAGCUGCCAAAGCCUGCGGACAGCCAGGGUGGGGCAGGCAGAGAGGAGGGCCUGCUGGAGCCGCGCACCAAGGGGGAGGGUGCUCCCAAUGAUCCCAACCACGACACCCAGUCCACCUCCAGCGAGCUGCUGGACCUGCUGCUGCAGGAGGACGCCCGCUCCGGCACCGGCUCCAACGCCUCCGGCAGCGGGUCCGGUGAGUCCGGGGGCUCCCUUGGCUCAGGGUCCAACGGGUCCGGGUCCAACGGCACCUCCACCAGCCACACAGGUAGCAGCAACAGCAGCAAAUACUUCGCCAGCAACGAUUCCUCGCAUACGUCCCAGCAAGUUGGCGGAGAGCAGGGGGACCAGGUGGCCCAGGCAGCCCAGGACCGGGCCAACUUUGAGCAGUGUGUGGAGAACUCGCUGUGGAGCCUGAUUCAGAACACACCAGAGCCUGUCAUGAUGACCUACCAGAUCAGCCCCAGGGACCAGGCUGAGGUUCUAAAGGAGGACCGGGAGAAGCUGAUGCUCCUGGAGCCUCUGCAGCCUGUGUUUACAGAGGAGCAGAAGAAGGAGCUGGCAGAGGUGCACCCCUGGAUCCAGCAGCACAGCCUGCCCCAGGAGAUCGACACACAGGGCUGUGUGAGCUGUAACCAAGCAGCUAACUCUCCUCACGCUCUGAGACCUGACGCCUCCUGCCCCCUGGACUGCCCCCCGCUGGACCCCAGCCCUGACACCUGACCACUCAUGGCCAGAUUCAGCCCCACCCCCUGAGGGGGCGGGUCUUCAGGGACUAAUGGCCACUCCCACCAACAACUGCCAAAUGGAAAGGGAGAGGUCUGGAUUUUGUGGAUCAGGCAGAACUGGCAUUCUUGUACAGGGACCCUCUAGACCUGUUGCAGCAUGUGCUCUCACUGCUGAACCUGGUUAUUUUUAACAAUGAACUUUAAAACUGAGGCCUGGUUAUGAGUGGGGUAAUUUUGUUGGUCAAGAGGCCAGAAGAAGGGAAACAUGUACAGCCUGGUCUGUUCAGCCUGCCACUACAAUUUUCCUUCAGGAGAUGGACCUCAACCGCUGCGCAACUGAAGUCCCUAUGUAAUUUAUACAUAUUAAUUCCUGUUUCUUAUUCUUCUGUAGAUUGUAUUCAUGAUGGUUUGUACCUGUAUUUGUUUUUAUGUGUGUCGAAGCCUCCUGCAGUGUCUUUCUUUGUAUAUUACUCAGAUUCGGGCCCAAGGCAGGAUGGCACUACAUCAUGUUGACUGUCUGUUUUUUUAAUGGCACAGGCUCUCUGUGUCCCCUGGCUCCAGCUCAGCAGUGCCCCUCUGUGGCACUUGUAUGGCUUGACCUCUGACCUUUCCCAUGGUGCUGCGAUACAGAGCGUGUACAAAGAUGUGGGUAGAGGACCACAUUUAUUUAAUUUUGUUUUUGUGUAUGUGCGUUAGGCCCACAGGGGCCAUUAUAUUGGUGCACCUGGCGAUAUACUCCAGGGAAUGCACACGGUCACUGUAAAGACCUGGGAGUGUCUGGAACUGGCACAAAAAAACUGUCAACUCAAAGAUUCCUGAAAGUUUUAUCUCAGUGGUGUAGUUUGAAAAAUGAAAAAAAAACUUUACCUUUAUAUAUAAAUGUUUCAUAAAAAACUCUAGAAAGCCCAGUUGCCUGAAAUGUUUCAAGCCCAAGCUUAUUUGUAGUCACAGGUCAGCAUCAUUUAUAAUUUUGGUCCAUUGAUGUUGACUCUUCCCAUUAGUAACCCCCAGGGACCCCCAGCUUUUGAUGUAAUGUAUGCUUUCAGCCAUGUGUCUAGCUCAUAUCCUUUUUCUCAUAAGCCUGUAUUCAGUCAUGGAUGAUGCCUCUCUUUGUUUCUGUGAAACUCCCUCUUGUGUUGUCCGGGAAAGUUUCCCUAUUUGCAUGGUACAUCUGAAGCUUUUGAUCCUGUGUUUGGUUUUGGCUAGCGGUCAAACGCACUGUAUACUGACGAUGUGCAUUAGACAUUGAAACUGUUUUUUUUUUUUUACUUUUUUAUGAUUUUUUUUCUUCUACUGGAACUUGUGUUGAUCGUAGUUGGUCAUUUAAGUUCAGUGGCAACAGAGCAUGACAAGAAUGUUCUGUUGGAAGGUAAUAGAUCCAGUGUUAUCACUUUUUAUUUAUUUAUUUGGCAGAAGCAGCUGUCCAAGCUAUCUCACGGAGCAUUCAUAGAUGCACGUGCAGUUCAGUCAGAAACACCCCUCUUCACACCAUGAUAAAGUUCCAAGUACAGCAGUAGUUAUAUUCACCAUGAUUAACAUGUUUCACAGUCUCCAAUAUCUAAAUGUCAUAGCUCUAAUCUAAAUGUCAUAGCUCUGAUAUUACAGUUCACAUAAGCCAUCUCCACUCUUCAGCUUUGCUCAUCACCUGCAGUUUACAGUAAGGCAUGUUCUUCUUACUUACAGUUUUUGCACUGACUGAUACAGUAUCAUUGGGCUGUUUGCUAAACCCAGCCCUAGUCUGCUUGUAACCAGACCGGCAUCAGAGAAGUUGUGGGGCCAGAGUUUUGUCAUUGUCUUAAUGACUAGACAGUGGGUCUUCAUCACUCCUGUAACAGGUGGAGUUACCAUGUGGAGCUGCCAUAUGAUGGCUCCACCCAUUUUGGGCUGCAUAAAGCCUCAGUUACCCUUCACCAGCUCAGCUCGACAAAAGUACAUUGGAAAACUAUGCAGAGCCAUGUCUGGGCUGGCAGACCUGGUUCUGGUACCGUGGUGGAAAGAAAGGAAUGUCAGGAGAUCAUUUACUGUUUGUCUUCUGCUUGUGUGUCAUUAUAUGACCAGAGGUCCCUCAAUCCGCUUCAGCAGCCCAGUCUACAUUAUUGUGACCUUCAAUGAUUCAGUCCUUGGUUGUGAUUCUAUCUGAUUUUAAUCUAUUGGAAUGUUGAGCCAACGAAAAAGAUAACCGUUGUUGUGAGAAAAUAUACAACAUACUCUGUGGAAUGGCAUCAAAACUGUUAUGAAAAUCUCACCGUUUAAGUUCCUCUGUUGGAGUCAUAUGUUUUUGAUGUUGUAAUAGUGUCAAUGAGGCAUUGUAAAUGUUCUGUAGAAGAUCCAUAGAUGGGCGGGCAAGGGCAAGUAUUAUGAAGACAACACACCCACAGACUGGACACUGCCACGGGAGUCACCUUUGUACAGCAUUUUUACACAUGGUCAUUUUUACAAAAAAAAAAAAAACAAAAUCACACAAAAAAGACAGGCAAGAAAUGUAUGAAUAACCAUCACCUGUUCAGGGAAGUAUUUUGUGACACCAUGACACAACUGAAUAAAAUCACUACUGUUUCUCCUGCUA